UUAACAAGUGCCAGUCAAGCCGGAAGUCAGUUGCAUGUCUACAUUUUAACACGUCAGGAUCAUUCUUAUUUUAGGCUGAGGAUGUGACUUAUCGAUAAUUUUCCUCUGUAAAACCAACACAUAAUGUUGUGGAUGGACUUGUUGACAGGGGAAGAAAUAUCAAAUAUUAGAUGGAGCCUUUUGAUCUCAAACUCCAUCAAGUAACCUAUGAAGAGGGUGCUGAAUCUCCAGAUGAAUUGGACUCGUUUAGUACUGUUGUACACUACGAUUCCCAAUUCAGUCAAAUAGAUACUGUUCCUACAACCUGUUCCACCCCACUAACUUACACAGCAGCCUCCGAAAACAAAGCUAAACCAAGAAAAUUAAGAAAACUCCCACAAGGAAUUGCUCAGCCCAGUCGUUUGAAGUCCACACAGAUCUACUCCAAGUCUAUUUCAUCCAUUCCCUCCUCUAAAGCUCACGGGAAUUCCUCUCCUAAGGCCUCCUGGGACUCAUCUGGAUCUGAAUCUUAUAGUUAUAGUCCUCCUCAAGAAGCACUGAUCAAUCCACAUCACAAUCUUAUUGAAUCACAAAGUUUCUUCACUCGCCGGGAACCUAUUCACAUAUCACAAACAGACAUACGCACACUUUUUCAGGUUACUUCUAACAGUUCUUCCUCCAAGAAAUUUCCACGAAAACCAGUCAUGUCCCAACAGCCAAUUCUGGACAAGGUUGAUGGAACAUUAGCAUUUGAAACAAUGGCUGAUGCUCUUCAUCUCCAGAAGUCUGUCAUAGGUGAAAAGAAAAUAACACCAGCAUCACCAGAUGAGGUAGCUCGUAUCAUAGCAGAAACUCAAAAGAAACUGAGCGAACCAGCCAGUGGAACCAGUGGAACUUCAUUGGUUCCAAUGGCAUCCCCAGAGGAAAUAGCAAAAGCUAUAGCUGAAACUCAGAGACGGAUGCAAACCCAGACUACAACUUCUUCCGCCGCAGCUCCAUCUGAAUUUUCAGUUCCUAUGGCAACUGCCGAGGAGAUUAGUCAAGUGAUUGCAGAUACUCAGAAGAAGUUAAGAGAGCAGUCAUUUCCAGAAUCUUCUGUUAAGGGUACAGAUUCCUCAUUAAAACAUCCAGUGCCUGUCUCAGACCACAGUAGUGUUCACACACAACCCCAAACACAGGACAUACCGGAACUUGUUAGAAUUCCUGCAUCUAGUCUUCAAGUCUCAGCACAGAAAUCCACGUCAUGGAUUAAGGGAAGUCACCCCGGUCCUGAAACGGAGUUAUCUGCCCAUGACUUAAAUCUGGUUGGUGAAUCAACUGCCAGUGACUCUGCUUCGGCAGCAUCAACAGAUUCUUUUUCACAUUCUGAUAUGGAUAAAUUUCUUAGUUCCUUACCUCCAUCUAAAACUAUUGAUAUCAGUGAUUUUAUCCCAAAAACUUCUAGUAGUUAUUCAAGUCAUACAGCUACAAAAAAAGACGUAUCAUUCAAACCACUGCUUGAUCAGUUCUUGCCGAGACAAAAUGUAGAGAGUGAGAAGCCAAAAGUUGAACGUCAAACAAAUUAUGUUCCACACAUGGCUGACUCAGGAAUAAGUGUUGAUUUUGAGAGUUCCAAGUCACAGGUGUCUCCAAAGCAAUCAAGCACACCUAAAUCUUAUCUACCAACACAUACAGAGGCAUCACAUGAUUAUUCAGCAACAGCGAAAAAUAUUCUUCAGAAUGAUAUCUCGUCAGAUAUUCGAUUUAACUCUGCACGAAAGUUAAAUGAAGCAUUAAUGGAAAAGGCUAAAUUGGAAGGUCAGUUAGAAAUGUUAACGUAUGAGGCAAAAACUUCACUAAAGGAAAGGUCAGAAUUACAAUCCCAGAUUGUAACACUAAAACAGAAAUUGAAAUCCCAUAGAGACCAAGCAAAUGAUGAAGAAAAGAUGGCCUUGAAGUCAGAGGUGGAAAAAAUGCAGCGGAAUCGUACAGUACUUGAGAAAUCCCUGGUGUCUGCACAGAAAAUUCUAGAAGAGAAGCUUGCAGAGGUGAAGGUCAUUGAAACAGAUUUACAGCUUACCCAGGAUGAAAAUGGUAAGCUGCAAAUCCGCCUGAAGGAAAUUAGGGACAACUCAAGAACCAAAGAUAUGACAAUUCAAGCACUGAAAAAUAAAAUAGCUGAACUAUAUGUUGAAGUUCAAAUGCACAUGCAAGCCAAGAUCGAUAAUGAUAAUGAGCACAGAGCAGCCAAAACAGACCUGUCUUCAUUGAUCAGUGCUAAGCAGUGGUAUCAGCAACAGCUUAGGAUUGCAAAUGAAAGCAAGCUACAAUUGCAGCAGGAACUGACAACGCUACAGGGCCAGGCCCUAUCUCAGGGCAGCAUAAUUGAGAGAAUGAAGACUGAGAGCACCAGACUGAGGCAUCAAAUGAAAGAAAUCCAACAAAAGAGCCUGAAAGACAAAGAACUGCUAGCCAGGCAGCUGGAGAGAAUUGAGAGAGACAUGAUGGAUAGAGAGGUGGCAUUUCAGGAGGUUCAAAGGGAGAGAACUUUGUUGGAGGGAACCUUUGAUUCAAAAUUACAGUCUGUGGAGGAUGAAAGGGAACGAUGCCAGUCUCUUGUUAGAGUCACUAAUGAUUUGGAAUCUCGUCUUGAUAAAGCACACAGUGAUCUGCAGAAAAAGCAAUCUCAGAUUAUUCUACUAGAAAAUGAGCAAAUUGAACUCUGUAAAGAGCUGGCACUUUCUCAAGAGACGGUGAUAGAGAAAGAUAGGGUAGUGGAGGAACUGCAGCAGACAUUACUGAGUGUAGAAGCAGAACUGAAGGAAUUUCAGAAGAGAGUCUUACAACUGGAUUCGGAGAUAUGGAAACUGAAGGAGGAAAAGGCUGCCACAGAAAUCUCUUUGAAAUCUGCCAUGGAAGAGAAGAAAUGUGUUGAUUCUGCUUUGGAUGAUCUGAAGAAGAACAUGGGAAAAGUGGAAAAGACAUUCAAGCAAAUGAAGCAAGAUCUGAACAAUAAAUCAUCUGAAUGUAAUCAAGUAUUACAAGAAAAGACUGAAUUACAGGACAGGCUAGAGAAAUGUAAGGCAGAUUUUGAGAAAGAGAGAAAAGAAAUUUUUACCACUAAAGGUCAGUCAGAUGAAAAACAACAUAUCAUAGAUGAACUUCAGCAAGAAAAGGUCAAACUUGAGUCAGAGGUCAAAUGUUUACAGAAUGAUGUAGCUGUGUUAAAUUCAUCCAAUAGUUUGACUGUGAAAGAAAACAAAGAACUGCAGGAGAAAUUGGUUGAAUUGAAAUCUCAGUUGAGUGAAGUUGAGAUAAAACUAAGGGAGACACAAGUUCAAGUUCAAGAAAAUCAACAAACUGUAGAGGUUCCACAGCAAAGAGACAGUAGUGAACUUGUGGAGAAGAAUGAAAAGCUGGAGAUGAAAAUAACCUCAAUGGAAAAACAACAUCAGAGGGAUCUGAUGAAACAAAAAGCUAGAGCUACAAAGUUAAGUGCUGAUUUGAAAGUUCUCCAGAAUGAGUUGACUGAAAGACAGACUACUUUUGAUGCAAAUGUUGAGUUACUGACCAACAAAAUCCGAGAGAUUUCCGAGGAUAAGAAUCGUUUGGAAACUGAGCUUGAUUCAGCACAGAGAAAGUUUGAAGUAGGAGUGGUUGAACAACAGGAUCAAAUGAAAACAAUGUUGCAGCAAAUGAUUGAUGAAGUUGAGACACUGAAAAUGGAGAAACAAGCUCUGGAGAACCAGCUCCAUCAUCUACAACAAGAGAAGGGGCACCAGAUUCAAGAGCACCAGCAAAGGUUGGCUGCACUUGAUUUACAAAUCAGUCAGCUUCAAGAAGUGGCUGCUUCAGCUGAGCAGAAAGAUGAAAUCAAUCAACAGCUUGCAUUAGACUUAGAAAAAGAGAAAGGAAAAGUUGAAGGAUUGAUUCAGACGAACAGUUCCCUGAAACACCAUGUUCAGCAGUUAGAGAGUGCAUUGGCAGAGAGGGAAACUGGCUUAGAAGAUAUGGAAUCACAAAUGGAGACAAUCAGGGAAGAAUCUGAGAAUAAAGAGAGGGAGUAUGUUAUCAAGAUUCAACAGCUAGAAGAGGAACAAACGGCUGAAAAAGAGGCUCAAAGGGAACUUAGAAAACAGAUUGGUGUGAAAAUUACAGAGAAUAAAAAAUUAAAGAGAAAUUCUGAUUCCUUAAAAAAUGACAAGGAAAUCCUACAACAGGAUUUAGAUCACAAGACUAAAGAAUCAGAUGACUUGAGAUCAAAGUUAGAGAGCAGUAACGACCUUCAUCAAGGAAAGGUCAGCCAGAUAAAUCAGCUGGAAGUGGAAAAUAAAAACUUACGACGUGAUCUGGAAAAAGCAAAACUUGAACUUGCUGACAAUCUUGCCAAAGAACCAAUUAUUCAAGAGCAAAUUCAGAGUUUGCAGUGGCAGAUCAGCCAGAAGAACAAAGAAGUGGCAGCCAUUCAGCAGAAGAUGGACCUGACAGAGCAGAGACAGCAGGUGGAGAUCGAUAAUUUGAGGAAAACUAUAGAGGAGAACCAGGCCGAGCUGGAGAAUCUGAGGGAGGAACUUGGAACAGCCCAGAAGGAGAAAGUGGAACAGCAGGCCCAAGUGACUGAACUCCGGACUACACUCAAGGCCUCUGUGCAACAUCACAAGCUCACAAAAAGGAUAAAUGAGAACUCUGAUUCCUCUAAAGAUGCUGGCACACAGGUAGAAAACCGUGAUGUCAUCAUUCCACCUUUGCCCUUUGACUUGGAGGCUGUAGAGAGGCUAAUUCAGGAAACUUCAGCCAAGGCUAUGGCAAGCAAACCUCUGGACAAUCUUCAGAACUGUUUAAGUUCUCUAAGGUCAGAGAUCAGUGGCUUACAGAGACAAAUGGAAAUCCACACCACCACGGUGACCGAAUCAACUCAGAACUGGGGGUCUGUAGAAGUGACGGUAAAUGAAGUUUUGAAUGCAGUCAAAACAAUGAGCUCAGUCCAAAAUGGAUCUGUAGGCAUCAACUCGAUUUCUGCAGCCGGAGUCAUUGACAUCUAAAUCAGGACUCGGGGUUAUCGAGGACAUCUAGAGCAGGCAUUGUGGACAAUUUACACCUUAUAGAAAACCAUCCAAGACAUUUUACCUCUUAUUUAUAAUUCAUAUUCCUUCAAAAGGAUUUUAGCAAUGUUUGUUAAGUGUUUCCCGCCAUGCAUACAUUUCGCUAGUCUUUCAUUACUGUGGUAGAAGUUGGACCAAGAUUGUGAAAAUGUCGUACUUUUUUAUUUCACUGAAUUCAGAAUGUUUGAUUAAUUUCCAGUUUUUGGUGUGAUAGUUUCUUCUCUAUGUUUGUUCUACUGUUCAUGUGAUGAUUUGAUAUACUUGUACAACUUAAUAACGACUAGAUAAUUUUGUGUACUAUAAACCAUGAUGAUGUGUAAGGAAUGAUACAAAACAUUCAUUUAUUGGUACAGUCUGGGAAAUCGAUUUGAUACACUAACCUUGAAUAUUUUUUUUUUCACUUUUUAAAAGUGUAUAAUGAAGAGUCAGUUUCCAAUCAGAUUGUUUCACAAGAGUCAGUUUCCAAUCAGAUUGUUUCACAAGAGUCAGUUUCCAAUCAGAUUGUUUCACAAAUGAAUAUUUGUAAGUAAUACAUUGUAUUCUGCUUAUCUGAAUACAGGUGAGACGUUGAUGAUGACCAAGUGCUGUUUAAUGUUUGUGCAUUACAUUACAGUAUUUCUGGUACCUUCAUUAUGUAAUUUAUCCCUUCUCAGUUGAUUAUUAAUUCUUUUAUAAAUGUAGAAAAUGUUAACUGAUUUAUAUAACAAUCUACAUGGGAUGGGCUAUUGUAGAGCCAAUUAACUCUGUUAGUCGUCAUAAUUUUCAACUAGAGUAUGAUAAUUACAUUACAGUAUUUCUGGUACCUUCAUUAUGUAAUUUAUCCCUUCUCAGUUGAUUAUUAAUUCUUUUAUAAAUGUAGAAAAUGUUAACUGAUUUAUAUAACAAUCUACAUGGGAUGGGCUAUUGUAGAGCCAAUUAACUCUGUUAGUCGUCAUAAUUUUCAACUAGAGUAUGAUAGGGGGGGGGGGGGUCGGGUUAGAAAAUGAAACUACAAUUUCAAGUGAAAGAAAAAUUUGUGGUGUUAUCUCUGGUUUAUUAACUUUGAAGAUGUAUUUUCUCUAUUUCAAUAUAUCAAGGACCAUUCAGUUGGGUGAGUACUAUUAACCAGGAGAAGUUUCUGAUGAAUUAUAAGAAAUUUCCAAUUUUCUUUAAAAAUUUGAGUAUUGUGAUAAAAAAAAAAGGUACAUUGUUAGCAGGAGUACCCUGCAAUUCUCAAAAUCUUUAAUGUAAAAACAUGGUAAUCAUUAAUGGUAGUUAAAUUUUUGUUUUUGGUCAUGAUAUGUAAGGUUCCUUUUGAAUUUGCAGCUUAAACAAAUUAUUAUAUAUUAUCAUAAUGACAACUUUUAUGAUGGUUUCAGUAAUGUCGUAUUUUACAGAAUUUAAGUUCGGAGUUGUGUGAUUAUUCCUAUGUUGUGCAAUACUGUAUUAAGAAGAAGACGGCUUUUACACGUACUGUUGCUUCUGUCCUUUCUCGGUAUUUUUUCCCCCACAUUACCACGUUGUAUUUAGAUGUACAUUUCAGUGUAACUAUUGUCAGAUGCAGUGGUUGAUAUUUCCUCUUUAAUUCUUUUUAUCUAUUCUUCUUUGUUAUCAUUUUUGUAUAAAACUGAAAGUAAGCACCAAUUACAAAUAAACUAAACAUUAACUUAUG